GCAAGAUCUCCUGGGCAGCCGGUGGUUGCUUUGUGCAUUGGGGUCGGCAUUGCACGAGCGCCAUGGCCGUCAGCCAUGCUCACUACGCCGCUGCUAUCCACGCAGAUCAUGCUUGCUGCAGCUGGUGCAAUGCCGCCCAUGGACCAAGGGGCAUCCCCUGCUGUAAAGCUGUUUACUCCAGCAUUUUCGCAGUAUACGCCCCGGGUGACAGGAUGUUCCGGAGGGUUCUGGCCCCAUUUCCGGUCAACAGGCUUUACGUCAUGCCCGACUUGUCAUUGCAGAGUGACGGCAUUGUAGAGGGGCAGGAAGGAGACUGCACUGGGCGACGGCAAAAUCUUAGGGUUUAUGGAGCGGUAUGCAGUAGAGAGCAAGUCCUCGUAUCAGAGUUGCAAAACGGAGCUGCUUCACCUCCGAGCGACCAGGUUCAAGGAGCGCAGUCAGAAGGGCAGCAGGAUUCGAGGAAGACGAAGACAAAGUAUGACAUCCAAGCAAUGAUUGCACCCACGCUGGCUGGCACUAAAGUCUGCUCAUGCUGCCGCGAAGAGAAGGUGAUUGGAGAUUUUAGGGAGUUCAGAACGACAGCUGACGGUAGGAGCUAUCAGUGUCGUGCAUGCUACGCAGAAGAGUUCUGCAAGCGGACAAACAAAGAGUUUCCGCAAGCAAGCAUGGAGGGGCGAACAUGUACUGCCUGCCAGCACUUUAAGCCGGCCAGAGACUUCCUCGUAUUUAAAGGAAAGCUCGAACCGCGGUGUCGGUCCUGCAAACGGUGCAUCGAAAUGAUCACGCGGCCAGAUCAGAUAGCCGUGCUAGAAAAGCAGUGCUCGCUGUGCCACCAGGGAGGGCGAAUUCUGCGGUGGGAUAGUCCAAGGGUAAAGUGUUGUCCAGCAGCGGUUGAUGAAGGAUGCAGCAAAGUGGGUCCCCCUGAAGACGUCACCAUUGGAUUGUCCUGUGUUUACAAGCAAUUCUUGAGCGUAAUAGAUUGUAAGCAUUCAUGA